UGCGGGCCGCGUCUGUUCCCAACCUCGCUGUGGAUCACACCCACCUACGACAGGAGCCCCGUAUCCUUUCGUUGCGACAGUGCUUGCCCCCGCAGGUGAUAACCUGAGACCCCGAGCCCGGCACCGGAGGGCGAGAUGAACGCUCUGGCCUCCCGAGUCGUCCAGAUCUGCGAUCGCUGGUGGCAACCCGAGCCGGCCCUCCUGCCCCCAGGGUGAGGCGCAGCCCUGAGUCGCCCAGACAGAUGGCCCCAGGCCAAGUGCCCCAUCAUUGUGCCUCCUGGAGGGAAACCUACCCCUUUUUCCUCCUGUCCCCACUGAUGGGCCUUCUCAGCAGGGCCUGGAGCCACCUGAGGGGCCCAGGACCCCCAGAACCCUGGCUGUUGGAAGCAGUAACCGAAGCUGAUCAGGGAGAAGCUGGCCUGGGGGGAGAAACCAAGACAUUUCCGGCCACCUGCCAUGCCCCCUGGGUCAGGCACUUUCAAGGGGAGACUGGAGACAGUGGAGCAGCUGAGGAGGAUGGAGAAGCAUUCUGGGAGGCCUGCCAUGAUUUAAAAGCCAACCGUUCUCCUCUUAAAGCCUGGGAACUUUCAGAUGUUGAUGACGAAGAAUAUGCUGGGGACCAAGCAGCCAGUUUCCCUAAAGAGCAAGGAGGUGAAUUUAGAAAUGGCCAGCCUGCUCCCCUGUCCCCCAGCCUUCUAAGAACCCUGCAAGAACCUCGUGGAGAGGAGCCAUCUAUGGAAGGAGUUGCUGCUGAAGAUGAAAUGGUCACGUUCUUCUCUUUUCCUCCAUCACUCUGGGAGUGUGGUGCAGAGGAGGAGGAGGAGGGGGAGGAAGCUGUACACAAAGAAGCUGCCAGAACACCUACUGCCCCUUUAUCUCCGGGAUCCAAGCCCAAAGCUCAGGUGUACUGUGCUGGAGAAGAAGGGGUUCAAGCCACAGAGGAAGAAAGAACAGAGAACAGAGAAGUCAGAAAGAGCUGUGUUUCCCCCUCAUCUUCAGGCUUUCACACCGGGGCCUGGGAGUGGUGUUCAGGAGAGGACACAGAGGAAGAAGAUGAGAACAGUGAUACAGGACCAGCUGAGGAGGAGGGAGAAGCUGAGGGUCCCUCUUCCAUCCCACCCACAAGUGCCCUCGUGAGGGCCUGGGUGUAUCGACCAGGAGAGGACACAGAGGAAGAAGAUGAAGACAGUGAUACAGGACCAGCUGAGGAGGCGGCGGAAGCUGAGGGUCCCUCUUCCAUCCCAUCCACAAGUGCCCUCGUGAGGGCCUGGGUUUAUCGACCAGGAGAGGACACAGAGGAAGAAGAUGAAGACAGUGAUACGGGACCAGCUGAGGAGGAGGGAGAAGCUGAGGGUCCCUCUUCCAUCCCACCCACAAGUGCCCUCGUGAGGGCCUGGGUUUAUCGACCAGGAGAGGACACAGAGGAAGAAGAUGAAGACAGUGAUACAGGACCAGCUGAGGAGGAGGCGGAAGCUGAGGGUCCCUCUUCCAUCCCAUCCACAAGUGCCCUCGUGAGGGCCUGGGUUUAUCGACCAGGAGAGGACACAGAGGAAGAAGAUGAAGACAGUGAUACAGGACCAGCUGAGGAGGAGGGAGAAGCUGAGGGUCCCUCUUCCAUCCCAUCCACAAGUGCCCUCGUGAGGGCCUGGGUGUAUCGACCAGGAGAGGACACAGAGGAAGAAGAUGAGGACAGUGAUACGGGACCAGCUGAGGAGGAGGGAGAAGCUGAGGGUCCCUCUUCCAUCCCACCCACAAGUGCCCUCGUGAGGGCCUGGGUUUAUCGACCAGGAGAGGACACAGAGGAAGAAGAUGAAGACAGUGAUACAGGACCAACCAAGGAGGAGGGAGAAGUUGAGGCCACAGAUACCUUCUCAAGGGCCUGGGUAUAUAGACCAGGAGAGGACACAGAGCAGGAAGAGGAUUCAGAAGCAGCUCACUCUGAGCCAAGUCCCUCCCUUCAAGCUCAGAGCACCCUCCACAGGGGCUGGACACACCGGCCUAGGAAGGAGGACACGGGGGCAGGGGCAGUUGCUGAGGAGCGGGGAGAAGCUGAGCCCUGCCCCUUCCGAGUGGCCAUCUAUUUACCUGGAGAGAAGCUACCACCUCCGUGGGCUCAUCCUCAGCUGCCCCUCCGACUGCGGAGGCGACUCAAGCCCACAGAAACCCCCACCCGGCAUCCAGACCCUGAGACGUCCCUACAGUCUCGAAAGGUUCGCUUCUCUGAGAAGGUCUCUGUCCAUCUCCUGGCUGUCUGGGCAGGACCAGCCCAGGCCGCCCGCCGGGGACCCUGGGAGCAGCUCGCCCGGGAUCGCAGUCGCUUCGCCCGGAGGAUUGCCCAGGCCCAGGAGCAGCUGGGCCCCUGUCUCACCCCUGCCGCCCGGGCCAGGGCCUGGGCCCGCUGCGGGAAUCCUACUUCCCUUCUGGCCGCCACACCUGCUGCCCCCCAGAUCUCACCACUGUCCUCCAUCCAGGCCACACCCUUGAGCCAAGUUGGGGCAUCUCCCCCCACUCCUGUGUCCCCUUCUCCUUGCCUGGACCUCAGUGGGAGGCGUGGCUAAGAUCACGGAGUUCUAUGUUUCUAUUAGUUAUUUAUUUUUGUGUGUCAUUUUAUAAUAAAAAAUAAAACUUGCUGAUUUGUAACAA